AGCUGCGGCGGCGGACGGUACACGUGUGUGUUUGUGAUUGUGAGCGCGAGUAGGGGGCUGAGAUCGCAUGCGCUUGGCGUGUUCUCCGCGCACAAGGACGCAGGAUGCCCAAGUACUGCUCGGCUCCGAACUGCAGGAAUGACUCUGGACACAGCAGCUCCCACAGAAGGAGCUUCUACAAGUUUCCGCUGCAGGACCCAGUCCGGUUGCAGCAAUGGCUGAAGAACAUGGGCCGCGAUGGAUGGAGCCCUUCGCGACACCAGUACCUCUGUCAUGAGCACUUCACGCCCUCCUGCUUCACCAUGCGCUGGGGAAUCCGCUACCUCGCGAGCGACGCGGUGCCUACCAUCUUUAACCUCACUGAAAACCCUGAGAAAAGGAAAAGCUCCUGUGACACUGAGAGGAAAUUGAAACGGAUACGAGGCUCCAACAAGAAAUCACUUGCCAGUGCAAUUGCCAGUGAAAGCCAGUGCCAGGACGUAGGUGCCAGUCCGCUACAGCUGUAUGCUAUUGCUGUGGACACCACCCUCCCUAGACAACCGUUGGUGCUGGAAUCGAGUAUCACCGAACACUCUGACUCUGUUCAUGCUGCUGUACCUCUGCCAGUCGUGGACGGGCAUGAUGGGACCAGAAAUAACUUUCCUGUGUCACUGCUCCAAGCGGUUGAGGACUUCAGCACAGCUGCUAGAGGAGAACGUGCUGAAGUUGUCAUGGUUACCAAGGGGCUGAUAACAGAAAAGGAGGAGCAAACGGAAGAGGAAGAUGUGGAGGAGCUCAUGACAGCUCAUGUCCUCACUGACGCCCCAGGUGUGCUCCUAAAUGAUAAUGUUUGUCAAGCAGUGGCAGAUCCAUCGUCUUUAGUUGUAGAAAACAUGGCCCUGGAGGUGGUGGAGCCCCCACCUACCCAGGAUACUAGCGGAAUCCAAAUCAUUGCCUACUUUGAGACCAUACCCAAUGUACUCCCCACUGGCACCACUCAGCUGAGUCUACUACCUGACACGGUACUCUCCUCUGCCCUCAGCUCAAAACCCAUAGUCUCUACACUCCCAAUUGUUUCCAAACACAUGCCUUCCCCUGCGGGCUCGGUUGUCCUCAAUUUAGAGAAACUAGAGAGUGUGAAGAACAAAGAAGAGGGAGACAAGGAGGAACAUGUAGAGAACACAGAUCAACUGGGAAAGCAACUCGAAGAGCAUCGCUACCACAAGAACAGCCUGAGCACGGAGCAGCUGGAGGCCAUUGUUGUUGAACUACAGAAGAAGGUGAAGAUGUUACAACAGAGGCAUCGCCGACACCUGGACAAGCUGCUGUGGCUUGAGAGCACCGUCAACCAGCUGAGACACAGUAAUCUACUCAACGAAGAGCGGCUUCGGCUGUUGGAGAGGGCUUACAUUCAGACAAACACUGCUGUGUCUGACGCUAGUGAGACGGUGGCAAUUAUCUGUGAAGAUGAGAACACAGCCUACCUCUACACUCUGCCCAAGCAUGAUGGGGGUGAGGGACUGGACCAAAACUAGGAAGACUAUGUUGUGCUCCCAGCAAGCUUCCAGUAAGCUCAUAUUGUGGAGAAGAUUGCACUAAAGUCUUAUUUCUCAUGGAUAUUCCUGCAUAAUCAAAUUAUGUUGCAUACGCAAUAGCAAUAAUUCAGUGUGUCAUUUCCUUCUGUACCAUUCAUUUUGUUUUUUGUGUCACUACUGUUCUGGUGUUACUUGUAUUCCUGAGGUUUUUACCAAGGCAAUUUUGGGUGAAAAUAGAUCAUUUUGGGGAAUUGUAUAGGGAGUAAUGAGUUUGUGUUUAAUUUAUAUAAAUU